CUCAUUUUGUUCCCUUUUAACAUUCUUCAAUUUAUUUUCUCCUCUCUCUCACUCUCUGUGUAUUGUAUUGUAUGUACAUGGACAACACUCCACUCUAUAGACUCUGCUCAUAGACUACUCUAGAGAGAGAAACAAAACAAAAAACAACACAGUAUUUAUCUUCUUCCUCAUUUGCAACUAGAGAAAAAACCAAUCUCUAGUAGAAUGGAGAACAAUGGUAUCAUUCAUGGAAAUCUUGAUCCUAGAGCUCAAGAAUUUACACCAACCUAUCCAUUUAACAAUAAUUUUUUGCCUGUUUUUCCCAAUCAAUUUUACUACCCUUUUUCAUGUCCUCCUCCUCCUCAUCCACCGCCGCCGUACGCUGACGUUGCACCAGUGCCGUUACUCCGGCCGGCGUAUCUUAGCGCUAACCCACCGGUACCUACGCCUAUUUUACCACCACCAAGUUCAAUGUCUACAAGAACUUUAUUGUUAUGUAUGGUUCCGGUUGAUGUGAGUGAAUCGAUUAUUCGAAGGGAGUUAGAAGUAUUUGGGGAUGUAAGGGCUGUGCAAAUGGGAAGGGUAAGAGAAGGGAUUGUAACGGUUCAUUUCUAUGAUUUAAGGAACGCCCAGACGGCGUUAAUGGAGAUUCAACAGCAGCACAUGCAGCAACAGAUGCGUUUAAGGAGGCAUUAUUAUGAGUUCAUUGAAAAUCAAAAUUCUAUUCCACCAGUUCCACCGCCGACGGCGCGUGGACUCAUUGCUGGUAAAGCUGUUUGGGCUCAGUUUACUUUUCCGGUCACUUCCGCUCUUGUUGAUGGGAAUAAUCAAGGCACACUUGUGAUUUUCAAUUUGUCUCCUCAGACUUCUGCUGAUUCUCUUUUUCAUUUAUUUCAAGCUUUUGGGCAUGUGAAGGAAUUGAGAGAGACACCAAUGAAGAAGCAUCAAAGAUUUGUGGAGUUUUACGACGUUAGAGAUGCAUCAAGGGCGUUGAUGGAGAUGAAUGGUUAUGAUUUAAAUGGGCAGCCAUUGCUGAUUGAAUUCAGCAGGCCAGGUGGAAAUAACAGCAGACGCUUCUCCAAAGGUUUUCAGUAUUCUUCCCCUACCAAAUUCAACAAUAAUUACUCUCCACCAAGAAUAGCGCCGGUAUACAACACUUCACCAUCCCAAAAUCAGAAAUCAAAUUAUGUUAAAGGAAACCCUAGUGGAUGUAGCGGAAGUGAGAGUUCAGGGACUGGUGGUUCAGUUCAAGAAUCAUUCGCUUCUUUGUGUGUAUCAAAUAAUAGUAAUGUUAGGAUUGGGAAGAACAAGAAUGCCAGAAAAAGCAAUCACCACAGCAUUAGUGCAAGUAGUAGCAGUGUUACAAGUUGUUCUCCAAAACGUCCACAAAAACUGUUCCAACAACAAGCAAAUAGCAGCAGCAGCAGGCCAUGGAAGAUGGGCUGGUCAUCAAAGCAGGCAAAAGAUUAUGACCCUCGUUUUCUAAUUAAAGAAGAUGCCAUUAUGGAAUCAAAUUGCAGAGAUUCCAGAACUACUGUCAUGAUCAAAAACAUACCAAACAAGUACAGUCAGAAGCUGCUGCUGAACAUGCUGGACAACCACUGCAUUCACUGUAACGAGCAGAUUGCCGACGGCGAUGAUCAGCCAAAAUCCUCUUAUGAUUUUGUUUAUCUUCCUAUCGAUUUCAUUAACAAGUGCAAUGUGGGAUAUGGAUUUGUGAACAUGACUUCACCGCAAGCAACGUUGAGACUGUACAAGGCUUUUCAUCUUCAAAAUUGGGAAGUUUUCAACUCCAGAAAAAUAUGCCAAGUUACUUAUGCUAGAUUGCAGGGAAUCGAAGCAUUGAAAGAUCAUUUCAAAAACUCGAAAUUCCCAUGUGAAGCUGAAGAAUACAUGCCAGUGAUUUUCUCACCACCUCGUGAUGGUAAAUACUUAACAGAGCCUAAUCCUAUAGUUGGAGGUGGCAUAAUAAACUCUUCCUCUUCCAACAGUAAUGAUGAGAAUGAAGAAACGGCGGCAGCAGGAAGAAACGGCGGCAGCAGCAGUAGUAAUAGUAAUGGUGAAAAUUACAAUGUGGGUAAUGAUGAUUCUUCAACGUUUACUUGUGUGCGCAUGUUGGCUGGUAAGUAAUUAAAAGAUCAAAACCCCCCAAGAGAAGAGAAAAGAUUUGCAUCAGUGUGAAAAAGAAGCGAUUGAUGAUGGAUGAGAAGAAAACAGCUUGCUACCACCCAAUGGGUUUGCGUGUAUCAACUCACUCUAUCUUGGGGGAAGAGCCAGGCCCUUCCUUUUAACUCCUCAUACUCAAAUACCUGUGUAGUUCUAGCUUAGCUUUUCUUUUUAAGCUUAUUUCCUAUAAAAAAAACUAGUUCAAAUUUCAAUAUGUUUUGAUGCUUUGUUAAAGUUAAAUCGAUAGUUUUGUUGUCAAUUUAGUUUAAAUGUAUUGGUGAAAUUCUUCUCA